AUGGGCUGUGUAUGGGCAUACCUCAACACGAAGUGUGACCUGCCUCUCUAUAAGGAGAUUUCCGACGGUCUACACGAUCUUGUUAAGAACCAUGGAUGCGAGGACCCCUUGUACCAUGACUACUUUAAGUAUCUUCCCGAGGGCCUGCGACCCCCAAUAAGAAACAUCGAAUCAAUUCGAGAUCUUGACAGCCUCGCGACUUUUACAGGCUCCGUGGUCGCAAUCGGACCAGACUUUCUCCACCGCCUCUUACAUGCGACGCCAUUGCUUCGGCGCAAUAAGGUGCUGGCCAAUGCGGACUUUACGAACGCCUUUAUCGGGAAUAGGAGUCGCAUGUUUGUGUCAGAAGAUGAGAUGCUUCCUGUGAUUUAUCCGGCCGAUCGACAUGCAAUCCGUGAUUUUGAACAGUUCUGGUCUACCUUGCCGGUCAUCGAACAGCCUCAUCUGGGGUGA